CUGGCUCAACUCUGUAGCUUGUGGGAACUGCGCACUGGCUGGCCACGGGGGCUGCAGCGUUGCCACAUAGGAUCAAGUGCCAGAGCAGCCCGCUGCCCGGUACCCGCCUGUGAGCCCAUCAUCGGCUUUCGGAUAGGCCUGGCUUGGUGCCGGUCAAAUGAGCUUCCCAGUCGGGGACGGUGUGUACGAUGUGGCGAUCGGAGGCUACAAGGAGGCGAUUUGCCGUAACAGCCAGCACUUCGUAAUUCACGUCAAGGGCGUGCUCUUUGGACGGAAGAAGUCAAGCGGACCGACGGACCGACAGACGAUUCGAAUGAUGGGAUUGUGGAACUCAGAAGCUCGAUAGAAAGUGAAGGAAAGGGCCGGAGAACGACGAGAAUGUCAUCCUGUGAGUCAUGACGGCGCGUACACGGAUUGACAGGGAUGGAAAUCCUGCACUUUGUACAAGAUGUUUGAACUCUGAAGCUCUCCCGCACGGAUGAAGGUGCUGUCAUUUGGUCAUUAGUCAACGUUCUAGAAUCAGGAACAGCUGCUCGAAUGACAAAAAGUACCGUACUCCGUCGAUGGAUGCCGCUCGGCAUCGAACAUUUCAAGACUCUUCGACACAAGCAGAUCAGUCCGUAGAGUUCAAGAACAUGGUCCACGGUGUUCAACCAAGGACUGCAGUGUAGUGUCACUGGGACGCAGUUAGAGCAUGCGAAGGGUGAACGGUGAGCUCAGUUCUGCGAGCGUCUGGGUGUCGCGAACAGCGGUAGACGUUUGGGAGUCAAACAUGAGCCAACACUCUCCACCAAGAACAUCACCUAAAGAAACAAUGACUGCCAAGAAGCAUGGAGUUUAUGGAUGGACCCACCCGCACUCACAGCCCAGUGCCGCUGCUGUCUUCUCGCAUUUCACCUUCUUCUCUCCAGUCGCAAACAACCAUGUUCAAUUUGAUUCGGAUGAACUACCAUAUUGAACCCGAAGUUUUGGACUGCCAUGAUUUCGACGCUUCGAGUAAACAUAGAGGCAACAGACUCCAGCUCCAAAGCUUGGUUACAUCGUCCUCCUUCCAGCCUCAGCAAUGCAAGCCCAUGGCAGCGGUGGAGGAACCUGUAUCCGGAGUAAAGCGGGACAAGCGCAUGUGCUUGUGGUUCUCCACAGUCUACUAGCACAUAGGUAGGAACAUCACCGAAGUGGCGAACUCGAAGAAUUUUUUAAAGUCAGCUGAAUUUGGAAGCAAAUUCUGUGUCUUUUUUUUUCUGGGCAGAUCAUUUUCUUGAUGUUUCGUUUCGGGUCCGUUCUGUCCUGUCUUUCGAGAUGCAUCGCCUUUUCGAAGGAUUACAACACAUCGAUGGGAGUGUGCUAAGUUCGUACGCUUAAUGCGGGCGUGAAAAACUUUCGAAUCGACAGUAGUCCUGUUUCUAUCCUUGUGUGUCUGGCCCCUGUACGGAAACUGACGAGAGUCAGCCAGAGUGACGAAGACCGUGUCUCGAGAGAAAAGGACGGAAACAUGGUAGAUCACGCCGCGCGCGCUCUCUCUCUUCCUUCUAUAAGCGCGCGUCUACGGCUGAUACGGAGCGUACGCCCCUGAGAUUGUUUGCGGAGCGAUGAGCAGUUAUGUUGUCUUGUUUUGGGAAUUGGUGAGUUUGCUACACCGGGUUCGUUGCAGCGCUCUCAUGUGUUUAGCUGUGCGCACUGCACUCAUCGCAACCUACGUAGGCCCGUCCCUGCUUGACCUUGCGCGACGUCUGGGGGCGUUUGAUUGCUUUCUCGAGUUCCGCUCGGAGCCGCAUGGUGCAGACAAGGUUCCAUUUUUCUCUCCCUCUCUUCUGUUCUGUCUGUCUGUUUUGGAGGGAUGCACAUGCGUGAUCACAUCUGACCUAAGACACGCGAAAGGCCAGAUCUGCAGAGUUUCGUGCAAAUUAUAAUAUUUGCGUUCGACGAGUGAUUUCGGUGACAGCUCAUUAAAGUACCUCGUGUGUUGACACCUGAGUGACGCAUGAGGAGUUUAGAUUUUGGUGAUGGCCUUGGAGACCGCUAAGACGGCUCCCGACUUCCGAAGGUCAGACGAGGGUUGUAGUUGUGACAUACCACGUGGGCUGCGUAUUCUUCGCUCGCUUUAGACACGCCCAUGAAAACCGAGACAAGUUGUCGAACUUUUCCGGGAUCCCGAGGCUGCGAGGGCGGCCAGACAGUUCAAUUUCUAUAGUUGCUCAACCAGGAACACGACAUUCAGCGCAAAAAAUCAGGUUUCUUGAUGCAGAUUGGUUGGGGCCUUUUUUGAGACCUGAAGUUUGGCUUGGUCAUGUACAGCUUCUGACCUCGGAGGCAGUCCGAUGUACACUUUUCGUGUUGUUAGAUCUUGAAUUCAACGAAGUAUAUCUUCGAUUCUUUGACAAACGAGCAUUUGUCGUGUCAAUACGGCGAGCGGAAGCCUAACUAUGUGUCCCAGUUUCAACAUUCUCCACAUGGGCCACCAUCCAUGUGGUACGAUGGUCUUUUAUCGCAAUUCGAGGGCAUCUGCUAGCGUCAGUUCCUUCUGGGGAUAGAUGCAUUGGGGUCAUGCGUUUCAAGCCGAAAUUCACAAAGUUAAUCUCAAUCUCGGACUUGG